GAAGAAGAAAAGGAAGCCGAGAGCAACGUGAGAGCCAUGCCGAAAUCAAAGAGGGAUAAAAAAGUCUCUCUGACCAAAACAGUCAAGAAGGGAUUGGAAAGGAAGCAGCACCUGAUUGAGGAGCUGCAGAAAUGCGUCGACACGUACAGGUACGUGUUCAUCUUCUCGGUGGAAAACAUGAGGAACAGCAAACUGAAAGACGUCAGAACAGCGUGGAAACACAGCCGGUUCUUUUUCGGCAAGAACAAGGUGAUGAUGGUUGCACUUGGGAAAGGACCGACAGAUGAAUACAAGGAUAAUUUGCACAAGGUGAGCAAGUUCCUCCGAGGGGAAGUGGGAGUCCUGUUUACCAACAAAACGAAAGAGGAUGUACAAGAGUAUUUCAACAGCUUCAAAGAGCUGGAUUAUGCUCGAGCAGGGAAUGUGGCACAGAUGGCGGUGACACUUGACGAGGGGCCGCUGGAACAGUUCUCCCACUCCAUGGAGCCUCAGCUAAGACAGUUAGGACUGCCCACAGCGCUUAAAAAAGGAGUCGUUACGUUAUUAAAGGACUAUGAAGUGUGUAAAGAAGGAGACACGCUCACUCCUGAACAAGCCCGUAUUCUGAAACUGUUCGGGAUCGAGAUGGCUGAAUUCAAAGUGACUGUAAAGUGCAUGUGGAACUCAGAGACUGGAGAUUUCACACUGCUAGCGGAAGGUGAUGAAGAGGCUGAGCAGGAAAAAGAUGACGACGACGACGAUGAGGACAGUUCGUGAAAAGAAAUGAUGGACAAUAGACUUUUCACAUGGACGUGUUUUAGCUUGCAAAAUCAGGAUACAUAUUUGUGCAAAUUUUUAUUCAGCGUGUUAUGUAAUUCCUGACCCAAAUGUUUUAUACGACUGAUCCAUACAGUUGUUCGAGCCUUUCAACGUCCCAAAUAAUAUACUACAUGACAAGAUGACUUACUUACUUUAGGUGUGCUGAGAUGGGAUUACAUGUUUAAUCUUUAUAUUUAAAAAAUAAAAAAACCCUAAUUGUUUACCAGUGACAUCAAAAAUAAGUGCUAAAUUACAAAAAAUUCCAAAUUCAGCUUGAAUUAUUAAACAUGAAUAGAAUCAAA